AUGCCGGGGCCGUACAGCAGCUUAAUGGUGCUUCGCCGGCGUGCGUCCCGGAGCGUCGGCGUGGCGCUGGCCUCCUCGUCCAGCAGUGUCGAGCCCGGGCCGUGGGAGACGGGCCUCUCCGCCGCCGAGGUGCUGAGCAGCCCCGCCUGGCCGGCCGCGUUCCCGCUGACGGCCACGCACCUCGCCCGGCUCGACGAGACGCCCGAUACGCGCUUCUACGCCCGACCGCGCAUCAACGUGCAGCACGUUGACGAGAGCGCAAUCGCCGCGCUGCAAGAGCUCUAUGCGCAGGAGCUGCCGCGUGGAGGGGCGGUCUUAGACCUCAUGUCGUCGUGGACGUCGCACCUAGCCGAGGGCCGCGGGCGCGACAGGGCCGACGGGCACUUUGCUCGCGUCUCGGGGCUGGGCGCGCACGCGGAGGAGCUCCGCGCCAACCCGGCGCUGCACGACUACCACGCGCACGACAUCAACGCGGACCCUCGUCUGCCCAUGUAUGCAGACGAGAGCUUUGACGCCGUCGUCUGCAGCGUCUCGGUCGACUACCUCGCCGACCCGCUGCCCGUCUUCCGCGAGAUCCACCGCGUGCUCAAGCCGGGCGGGCCCGCGCUCUUCACCUGGAGCAACCGGAUGUUUCCGACCAAGGCGAUUGCGGCGUGGCGGGAGGCGAGCGAGCCCGCCCGCCUCUGGAUUUGCGGCGCCUACUUCCACUACUCGGUGCCGGGCGGCUUCACUCCCCCGGAGGGGGUCGACCUCUCGCCACACGCGGGGCGGAGCGAUCCGGUGUACGCUUUGAGAAAUAUGUUGCUAUACAUGUACACUCAUUGA